AUGUUAAAUUUUAGCUAUAAAGUGAGUUUACGAUCGGCAAAAGUUUGUUACAUUAACGCUUUAGCCUAUAUUACAACUAACAACGAAAUUGAAUAUUUUUUGAACGAAAAAUCUUACAAAAUACAUUCUCGAGCUAUAAUAAUUGCUGUGGGUUCAAGACCUUUUGUGCCUAGGGAUGUACCCGGGGCAUUUGAGUUGACGAUAACUAGUGACGAUAUUUUCUCUUUAGAAAAAAGUCCAGGGAAAACGCUUAUAGUCGGAGGUUCUUACAUUGCUUUAGAGUGUGCCAGCUUUUUAAAUGAUCUAAAUUUUGAUGUAACUGUUUCUGUGCGCUCUGUAGUACUACGUGGUUUUGAUAGACAAUGCUCCAACAAAGUUAUGAAUAAUUUGGAAGAAUUAGGUGUUAAAUUUAAGUUUAAAAAUCUUCCUUCGAAGAUUGAAAAGUGCGAGAGGGAAGAUAAACUAUUAGUAACUUACACAAACGGUGAACGUGAUCUUUUUGAUACUGUUCUUUACGCCGUUGGAAGGGUGGCUGAAACCAAAAACUUGGGAUUAGAGAAUGUUGGUAUUAUUGUUGGUCUCGACGGCAAAAUACCCGUAAACGAAAGAGAUGAAACCAGCGCUACUAACGUGUAUGCAGUGGGCGAUGUGGCGCAGGGAAGAUUGGAGCUCACGCCCACUGCUAUUCAAGCUGGUGAAUAUUUAGCGCGCCGGUUGGCAGCAGUUUCAUCUAAAAUAGUGAACUACAACAACGUACCGACUACAGUGUUUGCUUCUUAUGAAUACAGUUCGGUGGGGUAUUCUCAAGAGAAAGCUAAAGAAUAUUUUGGGAAAGAAAAUAUUGAAGUUUACUUGCGCGAGUUUAGUUCUUUAGAGCUGAGCGCGGCUCACCGCUUGAAGAAUGAAAGACUGUGGGCCGAUGAAUUCGACAAAGAAGCGUCGCCGCAAUGUUUAUCAAAGCUUAUUUGUCUGAAAAGUGAAGAUGAAAAAGUAGUAGGCUUCCACUUUAUUGGUCCCAACGCCGGUGAAAUAUGCCAAGGCUUUGCUUUGGCCAUAAAGUUAGGUGCAAAAAAAUCAGACUUCGAUGAACUUAUAGGGAUACAUCCUACUGACGCCGAAUCAUUUUGCACCUUGUCCGUCACGUUGGCUUCAGGGCAGGAUUUCCGUGUUUCUGCUGGUUGUGGCGGAGGAAAAUGUGGUUAAUUCUUUGUGGACUAUACACCGCUUUAAUUUACGUUAA